AUGGCCCAGCAACAGCAGAUUAGUUCAGCUUCAGUGGGUUUUGUAACAUCACUUGAUAAUGCCACACUUUACUCUGUACAGAAAUGUUGUGAGAAAGGAAAUGAUUGUUAUGUGCAUGUCUGUUCUGACUUGUCGUUAAACAGCCUCCCAGCCAAACUGAUUAAUGGAGGGAUUGCAGGUAUAGUCGGAGUCACCUGUGUGUUUCCAAUCGACCUGGCCAAGACCCGCCUACAGAACCAGCGCGGUCAGCAACUCUACAAGAACAUGAUGGAUUGCCUAAUAAAGACAGUUAAAUCGGAAGGCUACUUUGGCAUGUACAGAGGCGCAGCAGUAAAUCUCACCCUGGUAACCCCAGAGAAGGCCAUCAAACUGGCUGCUAAUGACUUCUUCCGCCACCGGUUGAGCAAAGAUGGUGGCAGGUUGACCGUAUUUAAGGAGAUGUUGGCAGGAUGCUUUGCAGGAAUGUGCCAGGUCAUUAUCACUACACCCAUGGAGAUGCUCAAGAUCCAGUUACAGGAUGCUGGCAGACUAGCGGCCCAGCAGAGGGUGGCGUCUAGUGUAGUAACAACUCUGAAGAUGGGGGGGACCAGCGGUGUUCUGAGCCGUUCCUACAACGCCAGCCAAGUCACACGAGUGUCCGCCAUACAGAUCACCAGAGAGCUGCUGCGCACCAAAGGAGUGACGGGACUGUACAGGGGACUCGGAGCCACAUUGAUGAGGGACAUCCCGUUCUCCGUUGUGUAUUUCCCUCUUUUUGCACAUCUGCACCAGCUGGGCCAGCAUUCAUCUGAAGACCCAUCAGUGCCCUUUUAUUGGUCCUUCAUGUCUGGCUGCCUGGCUGGAUCCAUUGCUGCUGUGGCUGUCAGCCCUUGUGACGUGGUCAAAACAAGGCUACAGUCACUCAAAAAAGGAGCUAACGAGGAAACCUAUAAUGGAGUGGUGGACUGCGUCAGAAAGAUCCUGAAAAAGGAGGGUCCUGGCGCAUUCCUCAAGGGUGCCAGUUGCCGGGUCCUAGUCAUUGCCCCACUCUUUGGCAUUGUACAGGUUGUAUACUUUGUAGGAGUUGGAGAGUUCCUGCUUGGGUACACACCCUACAACAUCUACUCUGCAUAAACGAGCUGUUUACUCUGUCUGACCCUUUCUAAAUCACAGGCAGCUAUGCUCUGGGCAUAGGCAUGGACCUAGUUCUCUACUGUGUACCUUCUUUAUUGUUGGAGGCUAAAAACGCUAACGGGACCAGAGAGAUGCCAUAUUAUUUCAAAAUGCUUCAAAUUAUGCCUUUAGCACGACUUGGUCUAAUUUACGAGAUUGCAACUUGUAUUUCUAUAUGGGCCUCUGGUGAGCCUAUUGUGAGAGCAUAAUUGCUUUAUUCACUGAGGGACUAGAUAGUCCAUGAUUUAUCACCAUUGCAUCAGACUCUAGACCUGUCGCACCAAACCUUUCCCAUGUUUUCUUAGAUUCAGCCCCCAUUAUGCCCCAUAUCAAUUGCCCUUCCCUCUAACCCCAACCUGUAUAUCCCCUCCAACUGCCCCAUCUAACGACUGUUACAUGAUGUUGCCAAAGAGAACUUCUGUGUAAUAACAAAGGCAGAAUAUCUAAACGUUACUUGACUAGCUUCAAUCCUGUUUUAAAGGGUUACAUGAGAAACGGGGCAUGUAUGUUGAUCCCUGUCUAUGUCUAUAUAGUGUAAAGCAGAUAUAAGUUGCUAAAUAACUGUCAGGUGUUUCCCUUUGAACAACCUGGUUUGAAAAACUGAUUGUUUAAAAGGUCACAGCUUUAGACUGAAAGAACAUCUGGACUUCCUGUAUGCAAUACAGGAAUCCUGUGUUGAAUUACUUUCCGUUGCAAGGAGGGAUUUCCUGUAUUAUUGAAUUGUUUUCCCAUUCUCUUUAUCAUAAUUGGUCACUAAACUGAAACUGUGCGUAGCUGUUCUGGUGUUUAUUUUUCAGGACAAUGUUGUUGAGGUGUUUGGGUUUGACAAAACUCUUUGUUACAAGCAGGCUUGUAGUCUGCAACUAAAUAAGGCCUUCUGCAGUUGACUUUGGAGACCUGCUUUUUUUGCAGACAAGUAAAUGGUGUUUAGUCUCGCCAGACCUUUCGAUGUGGUCUGGCGCCACACAUUAAUAUUCUUAACUCGGGGAAAACGCUCUGGCUUGUGUCUCAAACAAAUCACAAUUGUCUUGGCAGCACUAAGCACAGAAUGCAGCAAUGGAUAGAGAAUGCUGGCUGAAAUAGGCGGCCAAUGAUUGACUUGUACCCACAAUCUACAUCUGAGUGGUAAGCUAGUCUGAUGAGGGACAGAACUUUUUAAUGUGAUUUGAUAUACUUUUGGGACCAAGUCUUCUGGAAAAGGUGUAUCAUGAACUAUAAAUAGCCACUUUCUUCUCGUUGAUAGUGGUUGUUUGUGACUGGUCAGGUUUUCAUGUCUGUUGGAGAUACAGGAGUCCACACAAGUGUUUCAUGUAUUAAGCAGCAGAACGGAGGGCAAUGAAGGAAAAUGUCAUGGGUCAAACAGUUUUAUGUAUCCUGUAUGUUUUCAUUUGUCUCAAACUUUGCCAAAUUAAACACAAAUUGAGAGCAGUUUUUAACAUUUCAACACUUCAAAAGUGUUUUAAUCAGU